AUGACGAAAUUGAAUUCGUUAACUUUUGAUGGUGAUAGUUCCGUUAACAGCAUGACAUCAGGAAAAACGAUUUUAACGAAAGAAUAUUUAAAAUCUCAUGUUAGUGAGUUCGUUGAAAUUGAAAAAGAAGGCGGAAUUAAGUUCGAUCUACUGGGUUUCAUUUUCAACUUAGCGAAUGCGGGUGUUAGUUUCGCUGAAUGGACAACUAUACAGAGUGAAAUAAAUGCAAUAUGGACGUUUUUGGGGUCAAAAGCGGGAAUGGGUGAGCUUGUAAAUGCUGCAAGAACAUUAGGUGAAACGGGAAAUUUUGUAGAUGGUUUUAAAAGACUUGUUUCAAAUGUUUUAACAAACACAAAGAAAUUAUUUAGAUAUACCAUACAUAACGGCCAGAUUUUCGAACAGGUAGCAACAAACCCUCCGGUUAUGGCUGCGUUGAUGAUGGUUAGAGACAUAAAGCCGCGUAGCGGUGAGGGCGAAGCCCACGAAGAAGAGAAGAAACCAGAGGAUACGGGUCGGGUUAUUCGAGACAUUAAAAACGUGUAUCCUGAAGUUAUUGAUUUAUUUAGAGGUGUUAAUGAUUCGAUUUCAAAUCAUUCUAUAACCCUUGAUGAAGAGAAUAAAUUAACAGAUUAUAUAUUCGUCAUUAUUGCAGAACUAAUGAAGAGAAUAAAUGAAAAAGGUAUAGCUGAUAUCAUAAAUGUCAGCGAUGUAAUGAUGAAAAGAAAUUUUGACUCAUUAUUUACAGAACCGAAAACAGAAUAUAGUCUUUAUGACGUAAUUACUGAAUUAAUGAAAAAGAUUAAUGAUAAUAAGAGUUCUGGCGGAAGAGUUGAAUUAGAGGUGAAUGAUGUUAAUGAGAAAUUAGAUAGGAAGGCAGAUAAAAACCAUGUUCAUUAUAUAAGUUCAGAUGAACAGAUUAUAACGGACUAUCAUGGAUAUUUAACACGAACUGAAGAAAGAGUGAAGACGGAAGAUGUUAAUGAAAGAAGAUAUAAAUACAUUCGUGCUGAAGGUUAUGACAUGCGCUGUACUGUACAGUAUGACACAGGUAAAGCACCAGAAGCAUUUGGUUAUAACGAUGAAAUUUAUGCUUCUAGUUUCUUUGUUAACGGUGUAUUAGUUGAACCAAGAUUUACAUUGAGAGUUAAGGCAAAAAUAACUUUUGAAGAUGCUAUUAAAAGUAAAGCAGAGAAAGAUGAACUUGACGUAACGAACAAAGUUUUGAAAUCUCAUAAACACAAUAUCUCCGAUAUAAAUGAACUUCAAGCUACAUUAAAUAGUAAAGCUGACAAGAACCAUACACAUGGAUCCUUCACUACUGUUAGAGCAGACGACAUAAUAUUGAACUAUACCCUUGGUUCAAGUGCACCUUUAGAGAAUCCAAGUACAAGCGUAAAAGAUACACUAAACUCCUUAAAUAACAAAUGUAUAAAUAUCGAAGGACAUGUCAGAAACUUUGAAACAUAUGAACUACCAGCAAUGUUAGAUAAGAAAGCAGAUAAGAACCAUACACAUGAAUUCUUCACAACUAUUAGAGCUGAUGAGAUAAUAUUGAAUUGGGCUAUUGCUUCAUCAUGCAUGCGUGAUGAAGAUAUGCACACUAACCUAAGAGAUAUGGUUGUUGAUUUAGCCAAUAAAACCGACAAAAUAUAUGUAGAUGAAGAAUUAAAUCGUUAUGAUACAAAAGCAUUGAGUUAUACAGAAGAAGCAAAGGAAUGGGUCAAUGAAAAUUAUGUGAAGAAGUCAGAAGUAAAUGAUGCGGUUAAUGGUAAAAUUAAUGAAAGAUUUUCGAAUAUAGAUUCAUUAACAGUUAAUGACAUUCAAUUACAUCAUCAAUUACCUGGUCAAAAGAAUGUGGAAUAUAAUAAUCUUACUCAUGUUCUCGAUGGUUUCGAUGAAUUUAGAACUGAUGCAGCAAUUGCGAUUGCAGGCAUGAAAAAAGAAAUAUUGCAAGCUGUAUAUCCUGUUGGUUCUUUAUAUACAUCAAUGAAUUCAACAAAUCCAGCAAGUGUUUUAGGUUUUGGUACGUGGCAGCAGAUUGUAGACAAAUUCUUAUACUGUGCUAACUCUUCAAAGCAAACAGGUGGUUCAAAGAAAAUUAAAGAAGCAAACUUACCUGCGCACACUCAUACAGGAACGACAAACUUUUCUGGCGACCAUAGACACUCAUUAAGAGACCACCCAUUAUACAACUCAGAGUAUGAAACUGGCCAUGACGUUUUAUCUCCAUCUUAUAACAAUUCAGCAAAAAAGACUUUUCGACCAACUGAACCAGGAGGAAAUCAUUCACAUACAUUUACAACAAAUCCAACAGGUUCGGGUGAAGAUUACAUGCCACCAUUUAUGACUGUAUUCGCAUGGUACCGCGUUCAAUGA